AUGUCCACCAGAAGCGAGAGGCCGUGUGCCUUCGUGACCCCCUUGGCGGUCCCGGGCCCCUUCUCCGGUGGCUCUGGCUCCAACCCCACCGUGGCCGCGACGGAUAGCACUGGGAGGUGCUCGUCCUCCGGGGCGCCGACGAAGAGCCGAAAGCCGCCGUUCCGGCCCGCCGCAGACGACACAAAGCCCGUCCUCCCCGACCCGAUCUCGCGGUCGGACCCGGUGGACACCGAGUACGCCAUGCUGCGGCUGCCGCCCUUCCCCUAA